CUUGGGCCUAGGAUCAUUAAACUUGAUAGGGAGUUGGUCAUCACCAGCAGAUGACCCCUAUUGAUUUUGAGAUCAGUAUGUCAAAGGUCAAGGUAACAGUGACCCGGAACAGUAAAACAGUUUCCAGACGAUAUUUCAAGAACUCUUCGACCUAGGAUCAGGAAAAUUGAUAGGAAGGUUGGUCAUUACAAGCAGAUGACCCCUAAUGAUUUUGAGGUCAUUAGAUAAAAGUUCAAGGUCACAUUGGCCAGGAACAGUUGAACGUUUCCCAGACAAUAACUCGAGAACACUUGGGCCAAGGAUCAUGGAAGUUGAUAGAGAGGUUAAUCAUGACCAGCAGAUUACCCUAUUGAUUUUGAGGCAUGACAUCACAGUGAUCACUAUGCCGCCAACUAAAAGCAAAAGGAGUAAUGAAGAAAGUCCAGAGAGACGAUCGAAACGUCGCCGACUUAAUGACGAAGAGGAGGAAGAGGAGAAGGAGAAGGAAACGCCACUCAGUAAAGGCAAAGCUUCAUCAAGCAAGAAGACGCCUCACUAUAGUGGUGGAGGGUCAUCACAUAAACCUGCAGAGUUAUUCCGUAAAGAUUUGAUAAGUGCUAUGAAGUUACCAGACUCUGAGCCACUAGCACAGGAAGACUACUUUUUGAUAGCAGAUACCUGGAGACAGGAGUGGGAACGUGGAGUUCAAGUCCCAGUUAAUGAAAUUGCUAUCCGUUCAGUAGAUCUCAGGGAAGUGUCAGAAAAGCCUACAGCUACUGGGGACUUUAAAAUAUCAAAGAAGUUCCUCCAUGCUGCGAAGGAUGAGACAUACCAGCUAGGUCAGCAUGAGUUGACUGGUAUGUCACAGUUGUCAGAACAGGUUGUGAGAUAUGACCUAGACGAUCUAGACGUGUCCUGGCUAAGACUUCUCAAUGAACAAAGGGAGGAAGUUGGAGAGAUACAGAUAGUGGAGUGGACUGUGGAGAGAGUGAUAGAGGCCCUGGAAGCACAGUGUCAUGAAAACAUGGAGAUCAAGAAGAAAACAGAGGAGGGCCUCGGUAUCGAGUAUGAUGAGGACAUAGUCUGUGAAAUCUGUCAGUCUCCGGACAGUGAAGACACAAAUGAGAUGGUGUUUUGUGAUGGCUGUGAUAUAUGUGUACAUCAGGCAUGUUAUGGUAUUCAAACAGUCCCGGAAGGGAGCUGGCUAUGCAGGACGUGUGCACUAGGAAUAAAGCCUGCAUGUAUACUCUGUCCUAAAGUUGGUGGUGCCAUGAAAAGCACAAGGAGUGGUACAAAGUGGUCCCAUGUUAGCUGUGCUAUAUGGAUACCUGAAGUUACCAUAGGAUGUGUAGAAAAAAUGGAACCAAUUACAAAAAUUUCCAUGAUACCCGCUAGCCGGUGGUCUCUGAUAUGUUGUAUAUGUAAGGAGAGAUGUGGAGCAUGUAUACAAUGUUCUGUGAAAGCCUGUAAAACAGCAUUCCAUGUCACUUGUGCAAUCAGUGAUAAGCUUGAGAUGAAAACAGUGCUUAUAGAAGACAAAAACACAGAGGAUGUCAAGUUAAAGGCAUUUUGUCCGAAGCACAGUAGAAAGAGGGACAGAAACAGUUCAGAGUCGGAACCUGACUCUCCAAGGAAGUCUGUCAAUGGAUCUCCUGUGAAGGAGUGUCAGAUGUCAGAGGAAGAGAUGGCCACUAUAAGAGCUGAAAGGUUACAGAAGUUAGAGGAAGAGUUUUAUGAUCUAGUGAAAAUAGCUGAUAUAGCCAGUCAGUUAGAGGUACCAGAUGAGGUCGUUGAUCAUAUAUAUGUCUACUGGAAGCUUAAGAGAAGGUCUAUGUUUAACCGUCCAUUGUUGACCCCUAAGACUGAGGAAGCGGACUUGCUAGAGAAACAACAGGAAGACAGUUUGUUAGCCAGGAUGAAAAUGUUUGUACACCUCAGGCAGGAUCUGGAACGGGUACGCAACUUGUCAUACAUGAUAAGUCGUCGAGAAAAAAUCAAGAAACAGUUCAAUUCCUCCAGAGAGAGUGUAUUUUAUGCUGCUCUAGAGGUCUUAACAGACAAAACAUUGAAUAUUUCAACCAGAGAGGUGGAGAAGAUUGUGAAAACUUACAGUGAUUUGCCUGAUCCCUAUGGCAAACCACUAAUAACCUGCAGAGAUGCUCCAGAUCCCAAGAACAAACCACUGAAAAAGGCAAAAACCACUCCAACAGAAACAAAAGCUGCAAAGACAGUGUCCAGAAGGUCUAGUGAAAACAAAGGUGAACUGUCCAAACCAGGGAUUGUAGAAAACAGAGUGAAAUUAAAAAUAGAUGAAUCUUUGUCUAAGAAAAUUAUGGAACAGAGAAAAUCUAUUUCAGAAACUCCAAAAUCAAGAAAGUCUCGCCUAUCAAGUAAACAGGACACUAGUAUAAAAACAGAAACAGACACUGAAAAAUGUAUAAAAGUAGAGAAAGACAUAAAUAAAGAUAUAAGAUUGGAGGAAGAUCUUGGAAAAGUUGAUACAACUGAAACCAAAACCAAUAUAAGUGCCAAAAUGGAGAUGGGUGAUGCCGAGAACAUGGCAAGUGAUCAGAACAAUUCCUCAAUAGACACAAGUGGUAUUAUUGAUGUUGAAACAGCGGAUGAUACUCUUGUGAACACUUCUCAGGCAAGCUCAACUGUAGAAAACUCAACACUAGUGCAAUCUGAACCAGAAUCUAACUCAGAUAAAUUUGUUUCUGACACUCAGAAAGUGAAACAGCAGAAACGUGGCAGACCUGUUGGUAGACCACCAAAAAAGGGAAAACAACUAAAGUCCGAGGCAGCUAGUAAUUUGACUGAGGAUAAAGAUGAAAGUAGUGAGAAAACAUCAGACAGGAAAGUUAGAACUAGAUCUAGUUUGCCUGAGAUAGUUCAUGAAGAGGUUUUGAGUAUAAAUGGCAAUUUAGAUGAGCCUGAAGUGGAAGAAACUGAAGCAAAAUUGGGUCAGAAAGAAAGUAAGCCUAAAGUAACAGCAGAAAAACGUGAUAGAAGACAUUCUUCUGUAAAAUUGUCAGAAACAGAAAAGGAGGAGCUGAUACAUAAGUUUCCGUCUGCUAAGAAUGUUUCAGAUCAUGUUAAAGCUGAACUAACUGGUUAUUUUAAGAAUAAUAAAUUAAUUGUUAGUAACAAACUUCGGCAGAAGGUUCAAAACGCUUUACUUAAUGGGAAGAGAAGAAAUAGAUUUGGAAAAGGCAUUGUGAUUGACCAUUCACAAAAGAAGAUUGAUAAUUUCUUUGUGAAAUCUCCACCUCUGUGUGAUCCAGACUCGCCAAAGAGUCCGGCAAAAAAUGUUUCUAGAGUUCUAAAUGAGUUAUCACCAACCAGGGACCGGUAUGAGGCCAACAAUAUUGAACGAACAGCAAUCACGAGAGGGUCACUGAAAGUAUCUGAAUUCCACAUAGCGAGGAGAUCUGGUAACACUCCAUCUCGAAACUCUCCCACCUUGUCUAACAGGGAAAAAAGUGUGGAGAAAAAUUCUGAUGGAACAUCUGACAGUAGAAAUGUUCGGACAAGAUACAACAGUGGUGAAGUUAUUUCGGUGAAAGAGAAGUUAUUUGAUAGCGAGACAAAACGAAUUACCAGAAGUAGCCGGGAGUCAACGCCUGAAAGCACAACUAGUAGUGUUAGAAGUUUCAGUAGUUAUAAACGUAAGCAAGCAGAAAACACAAAACUAAGAACUAGGUCAAAUACACCAGUGUCAGUAGGCAAAGACUCCGAUGAAUCAGAAUCGGAAAAUAUAUGUGCUGAAUCCAGACGUUUAAGGAGAUGAUACUGUGAACCUUAUAGAACAUCAGGGUUUUUUUUUUUAAUUGCUGUGAACCACACAAUAUAAUUACAUUUAUUAAGCCAUUUUAUGGUAAUGCUCUUAACAUAAUUACUCCUGUAUGAAUGAAUGAAUCAUUUUAUAACAAUCAUGUCCAAAUAUAGUUGUAUUUUUAGCUUGACUGUUUAAAGAAUAGGUAGAACUAUUGGACUCAUCUUUGCAUCAGCAUCCAGAUUUGGUUAAGUUUUGGUAUAUGAACGGUAUCUUAAUACCCACUUUUAAAUGGGAAUCUAUUGAAACUUCACACACUUGUUCAGUGAUGAUCUGACAUGCACUGCAUGAUGCAGUUCAUAACUCUACUUUGCACUUUUAUAAAAGUAUGCCCCUGUUUUGACUUCACAAUUUUUGUAUUAGUUUUGCAUGUAAGCUGGUAGCUCAGUACCCACUAAUGGGAAUGAAUUGAAACUUCAUACACUUGUCCACUUUGAUGACCUGACAUGCUUUGUACAUGUUCUAAGCAAAAUUGUGCCCCUUUUCCCACUUUGCAUUCAUUCAAUUGACAAGGCUGUUGAAUAGUCAAGCUUUGCUGUCCUUGGACAUCACUUGUUGAAAUCUGAUCUCACUUUGCUAGUUGGUUUGAAGAAAUAACAAACAUUUGGGCAAGUGUAAAAUUUCCACAAAACUAGUUUAAGAGUACUGUGAAAUUAUUGCAUUUUGUUGGAACAAUAUUUCCUGAUAAAACAAAAUGGCUUUUUUCCAUGGGGAUUGGAAUUUGUGGAUUUAAACUUGAGAAGAUUGAAUGAACAUGUGUAUUUAUCUUUGGGUACUGGCUCAACCAUGAAAUACUGGAAAAUUAGUCCCCCAUGAAUAUUAAUGAUUUCACAGUAAGUACAUAAAUUAUAUCUGCUAUACAGACACCAGUAUCAUGUUUAGUUUUUUGGUUUGAAAAACUCUGGUGUUUUACAUAAAAUAAAAUCGGUUGUAUAUAUUUCAGUAAAAUGUAUGAAAUUAUAUAUAUUAAUUAGAGUUAAGUGGAAAUUGCUCAAGUGUUGUAGAAGUAUAAAUUUUGCUUAAAUCUUUUGUCAUUAAUUUCAUCUUCUGAAGGUAUUAAAUGUUAUACAUUUCUUUAUAUAGGGCAUUUUUAUACAGGGCAUUUUCACUGAUUGGUAAAUUAGGACUUGAAAAAAAAGAGACUUGAGAGUGGAGUUGGAUACUAUGUUUGGAACUGUGCAACUCUAUAAAUCUUCUAUUUUGUGUAUUUCAUUACUAAGAAAUAGUGCUGAAACCAUGCAUAUGUAUCACACACUCGAUUUCCCUCCUUAUUAGCUUCAUCAUAUUUAAGAAAUAAUAUUGUAGAACCAUGUUUUUAAUAUACCUUACAAUUCAGAGAGAUUAUGCGCCUGUUGAAUAGUUUCACAAGGGCUUGCAUGAUCGAAUUAAUACACACGGCACAUAACCAAUUUGGAGUGUUUAAAUAUAUUAAAACAUGGUCCUGCUGUAUGUUAUUUUGAUUCUAAUGUCUUUAAUGUAAACAAGUAGAUGAAAUAGGGAAGCUCUAUUUCACAGGACACAUGUGGUACAAAAUACAGUAAGUAGAGUUAUUGAAAUACUGGAGGUAUCACAUCCUGUGGAGUGGGUAGAUGUCUAGUGAACUAUUCUGUCGGCCUAAGAAUCUAUUCAGAGUGUGAAUUAAGUGCAGCACCGUUCUCGUAUAUCAUUUUAUCUUUGAAACAUAUUUAAUAUAAAAUGGUAGAUAAAAUUUGGUAGCACUUUUACUCAGCACUUGUUGAAAGUGGAUUUGUUUUGUAUGUAGAUGUAUUCUGAGGUCCAGGACAUUUAAACUUCAAAAGCUUUGAGUUUCAUUUAAUUUUGUAAAGUAAACAUUGAUUAUCAAACAUUUAUAAGUAUAGUGUUCAUUUAAGGUAUGGUUUAUGAAUUCUUUUUAUUUUGUGGUACACUUAUGCUACCGGAAAUACUUAAUGCUGGAAUCAUUUUCAGUAUCACAAUCUCAGAAUCAAGAGAUUUAUACUUUGUACAACUUUAGUCUGUAAGAUACUGAGUUUUUAAAGUCAGAUAUUAAGAAGUGUUUUAUACAGUGUAUAUGAAAUAUUUUUGAAAGUAAAGCUGAAUGUAAAUAUUUGUAUUUAUGAAAGUAUUUUGUCAAUACUAUGAAAGAAAUACAUUAAAACUGGUCUUGCACACUGAA